AUGGGUGAACAAAACGUGCAAAAUUUGGAUAUUGUAAAUGAUGAUGAUGAUGAAGAUAUUGAAAGUGCGUAUUCACGGAAUAAUUGGGAUCCAAAAUUGGAAGUUGGGAAAAUUUUAACUAGUAAGGAAGCCCUGUCCAACAAGUUACGGUUGGCGGCUGUGAGAGGUCACUUUGAAUUUAAGGUGAAACAGUCUUGCAAGAGUCGAUUGGUUGUGGUUUGUUCUCAAGGCCCAUGCCCAUGGCGGCUUCGUGCAUCUAGUUAUGGACAAAAGAACUUCAUGAUUGUGAAAUAUAAUCCAGUUCAUGAAUGUGAUAUGAAUUUUAUACAUGACAAGCAUCGUCACGCAAGUGCUAAACUCGUUGGUAAUGCAGUGAAGCGGAAGUUGAAAGAUUCUCGCACAAUAUACACACCAAGUGAUAUAAUCAGAGAUGUGAAACAAAACUUUGGUGUCACCAUUAAUUAUUGCAAAGCUUGGAGAUCAAGGGAGUUAGUUCUAAUGUCCACUAGAGGAGGCAUAUUCUCUCCUUCCAGCUUAUUGUCACGAAUUAGAACGUGUGAAUUUCGACACAAUGACAUACAUCCACACCGAUGA